AUGCCUAAAAGUUGAGGAGUUGCUUCAAGGGCCACGGUGGAGCAGCAUCUGAGAGGAAGCCCAGGAACUCAGGCCGCCCCUCAGCGGCUCCUGCCUCUUCUAAUCGCUCUUCCCCACAGGACCCUGCCCCUCCACACUUCUAUUCUCUCCCUCCUGACCGUGCCUUGCCUGGAUUGCAGUUUGUAAGGCUUCUGAGCAGGUUGCUCCAUUGCUCGCCAACAUGGAAGAGGAAGUUGGGUCACCCGAGGAUAAGCAAUUUUCAUGCUUCUCCGAUGCUGUAUUCAUUCCCAAAGACAGCAAUACUUUAUCCGUAGAAGUCAUUAACAGUAUUGAGACGGCUGUGGCAGGAGGGAAAGUGGUGGAAGUGGUCUCUAUAGUUAAGGAGAUCGUACGGAAAGUAUCCAGAAACACGAAGAAAAUCGCUGUGACUGGGGACUCUGGCAAUGGCAUGUCAUCUUUCAUCAAUGCCCUCAGGCUCAUUGGACACGACGAGGAGGACUCAGCUCCCACUGGGGUGGUGAGGACCACCCAGAAACCAGCCUCUUACUCCUCUUCCCACUUUCCCUACGUGGAGCUGUGGGAUCUGCCUGGCUUAGGGGCCACAGCCCAGAGUGUGGAGAGCUACCUGGAUGAGAUGCAGAUCAGCACCUAUGACCUCAUCAUCAUCAUCGCUUCUGAGCAGUUCAGCUCAAAUCAUGUGAAGCUGGCCAAAGCCAUGCAGAGGAUGAGAAAGAAGUUCUAUGUCGUCUGGACCAAGCUGGACAGGGACCUCAGCACGAGUGCCCUCACUGAAUCCCAGCUACGGCAGACUAUCCAAAAGAACAUCAGGGAGAAUCUCCAGAAGGAUGGGGUGAGGGUACCCCCCAUGUUCCUGGUAUCUGUCAUGGAGCCUGAAUCUCACGACUUCCCAAAGCUUAGAGAGAUGCUACCAAAAGACCUCGUUGACGUCAAGUACCAUGGUCUCUCAAAAACCCUUUACCAAACCUGUGAGAAUAUUAUUAAUAAGAAAGUAGAAUCCAUUAAAAAGAUAAUAGAUGCAGAUAACCUACAAAGGGAGUUUGGAAUCUCAGAUCCAGAUAACCUGCUAGAGUGUCGGAAAGUCUUCCAAGAAAGCUUUGGUGUGGAUGACGAAUCUCUCCGCCAGGUGGCUCUGAAAAUGAAAAAGCCAGAUACACAUUUGAAGACUAGCAUGGAAUCUCAGGGGUACCAUCAAGAUGGCGGGUUAUUGGCCUGGUUGUAUAGCUCUGGAACACAGUUAGUCUCUACAGGUCUUAACAUGGCAUGCUGUAUUUUCUCUCACAGAAGAAACACACAACAGAAAGGUAUACUCAAUGAAACUGCUGGCAAAGCCAAGAACGUUCUGUGGAAAAUCCUUGAAGACUCCAUUUCUCAUCCUUAGGAAGGUCUAGACAACUGAGGUCUUCUCCCCAGCCCCAUAUCCCAUGUGUACCCCCAGUUGAGCUAACCCCCCCACCAUGGGUUCCAAGUUCCUUGAGGUUAACAGGCUAACUUUCUUAAUGGUUAUCCCUCUCAUGAGGCACCAUCAUGAAUUUUGCUUUGUACUAUUUGCUUGGUUUUACUAACUGAACUAACUAUCUGGGAUCCAAAUAUAGGAGAAAUUUCCCUUUUCUAAUUGCUCAGAAUUUCACAUCUGACACAUGCUCACCUUAGUGCCCACGAUUAAUAUAGUUCCUCUUAGUGGCCUCUUGCUUUGCCCAUGUCUCUUCUCUCUCUUUCCUCCUGACUCUGGAGAUGGAGUAUCCCUUAAGGAAUGGGGAAGAGCUUGUCUUUGGCUAUUGUCUGUAAAGCAUGGCCAGCCGAGGCCUGUUCUCUGACCCCUCCUCUGAUCUGUAAAGAGAGGGGAGUUAACUCUGGAACUACUAGUAAUGGGAUUCACAUAGUGCUAAACAGAAGGAUUCUCAGUACCCCUGCACUACCCUAGACGGUGUCAGUGGUAUCAUGACUAGUCAUGGCCCCUCACACUCUGUGUUCCCAGUCUUAUACUGGACCUCAACUUCUUCAGCCUCCCCUAUCUCAGCAGGCUGCACCCCCAUCCAGACACACACGGACCCUUCUCAACACUCCAUGGAGCUCUUCCAUUUCAAUCUGUGUGGCUCUGUGUUUAAGACAGGUGCCGAUCCUUGCUCUGUCAUGUUCCUCUCAGCCCUGCUCUUGAUAGACAUCAGUACUGUCAGCUCAACUUUUCUAACAGUCUCAGACCUCUGUCCUCCCUUUUCACCUCUUUGACAGAACGCUAAAUGCUUUCUCAGUUCCAACCAUUACCAGCGUCACACAGGAACAUUUAGUUUGGGCUCAUAGUUUGCCAGUACAGCCUGUCACAGCUGAGAGUCAUCACAGUGGGAGCACGGAGCAGCUGGUCCUGUGUGUCUGCUGUCAGGAAGCAGAGGGAGAUGGAUAGGGGUUCUUCGGCACACUUUCUCCUUCUCAUUCAGCCCAAGACCCAGCCUCUAGAAUGAUACCAUUCACAUUCAGAGUGGGUCUUCCAACCUUCUUGAACCAAGUCUAGAAACUCCUCCAUAGACAAGCCCAAAGGUCUCUUUCCAUAGUGAUUCUAGAUCCUGCUAAAUGGACAACAAAUAUUAACCACACAGGCACUCAGGGUAUAUAGGAGUUUCAUUGGUUAAUAGCGGGAAGAAGGUUGGGUGUGGCUUAGUCGUACAGUGUUUUCCUAGCACAGGGAAGGCUAUGGUUUUGAUACCCACAAAGAAGUAAAAUCUAUUUUGAAAUGGAAGGAAAAUGCCAAUUGUAUUUGUAAUUGUAUAUAGUUUCUCAAAAACAAAUGCACCAACUAUAUCAUCUUCCUGGCACAAGCACUUUACAAAAAAGGAUCACUUACAUGUAAAAGGUGGGUAAGGAUAGAAUGGACUAAGAAGUCUUAUGGUGGUGGGAUUGGGGAUGAGCCAAGUUCUGCCAAGACUCGCCUUCCAUCUGCUGCUUCUUUUGUUAACGUGGGUCCAUGCACUCACAGGAAAGGUCUGCAAAAGAAACCACAGAGGUUUUGUUUGUUGUCCUUAUGAUGUACAUAUGUACUCAAAUAAUUCUUGAGGUCAUGUUUAUGGCAUAGAUGCUGCUCCAGUAUGUUGACUGUAAGAAAGCAAGCUUGCUCUUUUAAAGCUCUUCUAAGGUUGUAUGUGUUGGUCACAGGGACCCUCACCUGGCCCCAACACUCUGAGGAAACUGACUUACAGACUAUGAUCUCACUGUUAGCCUGGCUGGAGAAGCUGGGUGUGAAUUCUCUCUGUGUCUUAGAUUGUAGACAUAGAUUUUCUCUUUGCUGGUUGUAUGUACAUACCUAUCGAUAUAGAGGCACAGAAAUAUAUGUACACAGAUAAUAUAUAUUCAUCACACUCAUGUAUUGUAUGUAACAUACAUGUAGUGUUAAUCUUUAUGACGGAAUAAAUAAUCACAGUAUAUUAUAUAAAUAGAUGUAUUAUUUUUGUUCUUUAUAUUUUGAUAACUUCGUACAUGAACACUGUAUUUGCAUCACCUCACCCUUCUCUUCCCCAGCAAAACUUCUCCUGCAUGCCCCU